UGUAUGACAAAGUUAAAGGAGUGAUAACCGAGUCAUUAAGCAAUGCCCAACGAGUUGCAAUUACGGUUGAUGGCUGGACGUCUUGUGCCACGGACUCAUACGUAACUGUCACAGCACACUAUAUUGACGAUGAGUGGGUUUUGCAAAACCACAUUCUUCAGACUAGAGUGUUCAAUGAGGCUCACACAGGGAAUAAUCUAUCAGUUUUACUGCAGAACGUUUGCCACGAGUGGAACAUCAACAUCAAGGACACAGCGUUGGUCACAGAUAAUGCAAAAAACAUGAUGCUGGCCGGAGUUGGUGCAGAGAUGGACCCCCAUGUGCGAUGCAUCGCGCACACACUUAAUCUGGCCUCGCAAAAAUCCCUCAAACUGGACAGGAUAUCUGAGCUUUUGGCGAAAGUGAGGAAGGUGGUAACGUUUUUUCACAGAAGCCUGAAAGCAACUAAAGUUCUGUGUGAAAUGCAGGCCCAGUUACACCUGCCAAACCACAAGCUUAACCAUGAUGUUUCCACAAGAUGGAGCGGUUCACUUGACAUGUUGGAGCGUUUUUGGGAGCAACAAGAUGUCAUCAAAUUGAUGUCUCCCCUGAAAGUGUCAACCACGCUCCUCAGUGAGGAAAAAAACCCCACCAUCUCAAUGAUCUCCCCAAUUCAGGCCAAAUUAAAGAGACAUUUCCAGCCAGAUGAUAUUGAUCAACCAGUAAUUUCUCAGAUGAAGGAGCGAUUCACAUACCUCCAAGACCUCCUCCAUUAUGCCUCAGCCCUUGAUCCACGCUUCAAAGACCUGGCUUUCCUGGAUGACAAUGACACCAAGGACAUAAUAUUCACGAAGCUAAUAGGAGAGGUGGUAAAAAUGGAUGAAAAGAUGAUGUUCCUCCCAAGAAGAAAACAGCCUUGGACCAGAUGUUUGGCGAUUUCCACACUCAGAGACCACAGACGACAAAGAACACAAGGGAGAGAGCUAAGGAGGACAUUUUAAAGUACAGAGAGAGAGAUUCUUUAGGUCUGAGUGGUGACUUGCUGCAGUGGUGGAAAAAACAAGUGGAUCUUCCUCUGCUUUCAGCAUUGGCAAAGAGAUACCUCUCCAUCCCAACUUCAAGUGUACCCUCUGAAAGAGUGUUUAGCAUAGCUGGAGACAUAUCAAAUAGACUCUGGAUUUAGCCCAGAGAAAUGUAUUUAUUAUUCCAAUUGGACUCUUAAUA